AUGAAUGCCACCGAGCUCUCUUUUGGAAUAGUGAUUCUUUUACAGUUCAGCAUUGGGGUCUCAGUGAAUUUAUUUCUUCUCUUAUUUUAUAUCCACAUGGUCUCUACCACCCACAAACUCAGCUCCUCAGACUUGAUCCUUGCUCACUUAGCCUUGGCCAACACCAUAACUCUUCUCUCCAGGGGAAUCCCAGAGACCAUGUCAGCUUGGGGAAUGAGAAAUUUCCUUAAUGAUGUUGGAUGUAAAAUCCUGAUUUACUUUUAUCGAGUUGCCCGGGGCCUUUCCAUAUGUACUGUCUGCCUCCUGAGUGUCUUCCAGGCCAUCACCAUCAGUCCCAGUACUUUCAGAUGGUCAGGAGUCAAAGCCAAAUUACCCAAGUUCAUCCUCCCCUCCUGUGUCCUCUCCUGGAUCCUCAAUAUGCUGAUCGAUUUUGAUAUAUUGAUGUACACGUCAGGCCCCCAGAACAGCAGCAGUGCGCGCAUCAUACUGGAUCUCAAAUACUGUUCAAGAGUCAGUGUGAGUGCAGAAACGACCUUGGUAAUUGCUGUUGUGCCUUCCCUCCGGGACCUGUUCUUUGUGGGACUCAUGAGUGUGGCCAGUGGUUACAUGGUGUUUGUCCUGCAGAGGCAUCACAGGCAGGUCCAGCACCUUCAUGGGCCCAGUCACUCUCCCAGGAUGAUGCCAGAGGUCAGAGCAGCCAAGAGGGUCAUUGCCCUGGCCACUCUCUAUGUUCUCCUCUAUGGGCGGCAGUCCCUCAUGUUGAGUGCUUUACUAAGCAUAAAAGAAAAGUCUCCUCUCCUGGUGAAUAGCCAUUUAGUUUUUAUACUCACUUUCUCUGUCAUUAGCCCAUUUCUGAUUAUUCACAGUGACAGGAGAAUGAGGGCAUUCUGGAAAAGAGAAUCUCCUGUUCCCAAUGUGGAUCCCUUCUAA